AUGAUACUUUUGAAUUAUUUUGUAAUUCAUUUGCGUCAUGGUCUCAAUUCAUCAACAGGACUUUGGACACCAAUUCGUAAUAUGAGUUUCCCACGAUACGGGCAUACCGCAUCCGUACUAACCAAUGGAAAAGUCUUAGUUGCUGGUGGUGCUAGCACGGCUGGUUUUCAGAAUAGUGCCGAACUGUACGAUCCAUCAACAGGUCUUUGGACAAUAACUGACAGCAUGAAUGCUCGACGAUAUUGGCAUACCGCAUCCAUACUAACCAAUGGAAAAGUCUUAGUUACUGGAGGAUCUGGUACCAGUAAUUAUCAACAAACUGCAGAACUGUACGAUCCAUCAACGGGAUAUUGGAAUAAUACUGGCAGCAUGAAUUAUGGACGAUGGCAUCAUACAGCAUCGCUACUAACAAAUGGACAAGUGUUAGUUACCGGCGGAUAUGGCACUAGCGGUAUUUGGCAAACUGCAGAGUUGUAUGAUCCAUCAACAGGCGUUUGGACAGUUACUAGUAACAUGAGUACAGGACGAGAGUGGCAUACGGCAUCAACUCUAAACAAUGGAAAAGUUUUAGUUACUGGUGGAUUGAGUAGUAGUGCCUACUUGCGAACUGCCGAGUUGUACGAUUCAUCAGUAGGACUUUGGAUCACCACUGGAAAUAUGACUAAUGGACGAUACUAUCACACAGCAUCGCUACUAAAUAAUGGAAAAGUCUUAGUUGCAGGUGGCACUGGUCCUAGUAGCUAUAUGGCUAGUGCAGAGCUGUACGAUCCAUCAACAGGCGCCUGGACAGUGACUGGUAGCAUGAGCACUGGACGACAGGAUCAUACAGCAUCGACACUAAUGAAUGGACAAGUCUUAGUUGUUGGUGGAGUGUCUGGUGUGUAUUCACGAAGUUCCGAAUUAUAUGGAUGA